AACCCAAAAGCGGGACUAACCAUACGCGGUUUUGGGACUUUUCUACGACUUCGGGUUGUGUAUGUAAACGUUUAGUUGAAAUCGGGGGGCGGCUGCCCGCGGGGGUUUUAAACUCCCCAGCUCCCGGGCUAACGUUACACCCCAAAAACCCCCUCCCGUUUGGGGGAAAACCAACGUUAAAGUCCUCGACUACAACGAGGAGGAGACGGCAGUUUUUUUGGCGAGGAGAUGCACCAUUUAGAGGACUGAGCUCGAGCACUUCGCUCGCUCCUGAGCAGCCGACAUGGGAGAAUGAAGCAGGGUCUCACAGCCAUGAAGAAGCCGCCCUGUUGCCUUGAGCUGGGAAUACCUGCACCCAUGGCAUCGUGUUUAGCGUGAGAUCAGCAGCAACGAUGCCGGUUCACCCUGGGGAAGAAUGGUUCACUCCACUGCUGUUCCCCUUCCAGAGGCAGGGGACGCCAACGCCAGUCUCUGCCGCCUCGUUACGGGACUGCUGAACCCCUCCGAUAGGCCGCCGAUGGAGAACAUCUCCGUGGGCUUCCGGUCGACCCCGGAGCCGGCCACGCCGACGGCGGAGGCCCCGGCGAGCCUGCGAGGCGUCGGCCUACCGCUGCAGGUCUUCUUCUGCUUCGCCAUGGUCGCCAUCCUGCUUCUGGCCCUGUUGGGGAACAUGGUGGUGUGCUUGAUGGUGUACCAGAGAUCGGCCAUGCGCUCGGCCAUCAACAUCCUCUUGGCGAGCCUGGCGUUUGCGGACAUGAUGCUGGCCAUCCUGAACAUGCCCUUCGCCCUGGUCACCGUCAUGACCACCCAGUGGAUUUUCGGAGACGUUUUCUGUCGAGUUUCGGCCAUGCUCUUCUGGUUCUUUGUGAUGGAGGGCGUGGCCAUACUGCUUAUAAUAAGCAUAGACCGUUUUCUUAUCAUUGUCCAGAAGCAAGAUAAGCUGAGCCCACAGAGAGCUAAAGUGCUCAUAGUGGUCACAUGGGGACUCUCUUUGGUUUUCUGUUUCCCGCUGGCUGUUGGUUCCCCCCCCCUACAGAUCCCUCCCAGGGCCCCUCAGUGUGUGUUUGGCUACAGCGUUGAGCCUGGUUACCACACUUACGUAUUGAUUUUACUGCUAGCCUUCUUCUUCCUACCCUUCAUGGUCAUGCUGUACACGUUUAUGGGGAUCCUGAACACCAUCCGCCACAACGCCAUCCGCAUCCACAGCCACACGGACAGCAUCUGUCUGAGCCAGGCCAGCAAACUGGGCCUGCUGAGCCUCCAGAGGCCCUUCCAAAUGAACAUCGACAUGAGCUUCAAGACCCGUGCCUUCACCACCAUCCUCAUCCUCUUCUCUGUGUUUACAGUGUGCUGGGCGCCUUUCACUGCCUACAGUCUGGUAGCUACCUUCAGUGAUGGCUUCUACCACAAAGACAGCUUUUUCCAAAUCAGCACAUGGUUCCUGUGGUUGUGCUACCUCAAGUCAGCCCUCAACCCUCUCAUUUACUACUGGCGGAUCAAGAAGUUCCGCGAUGCCUGCCUCGACCUGAUGCCCAAGUACUUCAAGUUUCUUCCUCAGCUGCCGGGCAACACGAAGAGGCGCAUCCAGCCGAGCGCCGUGUACGUGUGCGGCGAGCAUCGCUCUGUGGUCUGAAGGAAAAAUCCACCCUCGACACUUCAACACUGUUAAAACCCAUCCUUACAUAAUGUGCCAUGCAGGGCCCGUUCGGUUGUUUGGGGAUAUACUUCUCUCUGCAAAAAAACAGCACUGCGUUACAAGAUAGGCAAGGGGCUGCUGCUACAGGUACCAGUGAGAAAAUGAAAUGCAUCCGGGAGUUUAAAGGCAUCAGGCAUCAUCAUGGUUUCUAAUAAUAGUCAAUUUUUAUACCUCUGCAUUGUUUGAAAUUGUUUUUGGACAUGCUACCCGAUCAGUACAUUAUUGAUCCUUUACUUAAGAAACAUAAACAUUCUUUUUUACAAAAUCCUUUUUUUUUUUGAUUCUGCGCAAAAGAAUUGUUGGAUGCGCAAAUUAUUUCUUUGAAAAGCUUUUGGUACGGUGUGCUAAAAAACGGUUCAUUAUAUAAAUUUAUGUCAAGUAAAACACAAAAUUCAAAAUAAAUAAAUAUAAUGGAUUAUAAUGCGUAAAGGGAAGUUUAUUUGAUUAGUAUGAACGGCAUGGGCUUUUUUCCCGAGAAGGAAUGUUUUUGCUACAAAUUUCCUUUUGCGCUGGGGGGGGGGCAAAACUUUCUCUGUGCAGGAACAACCCUGAUAUUGCUCUGCCCUAGUGUGCACUUUGAUUGGCCAGUUCACUACGUUGCCAGAUGGCAUUGUAAGAGUUGAGUCAGGGUCUUUUGAAAAUUAAAAAAAUCCUUUAUCUUUUUUUUUUUAAACCGAAGACUUAGCAUUUCCGUGCUGGUGCUGUGUGCAUCGACACCCCUGCUGUGUUUUAACGCAGUGCUGAUAUUUUUCUGACUUGCUGUUUGGCUCUGAGGUUCAACAACAAUCGGGGUGUGUGUGUAUGAAGAUUCUCAAUCAGUCAUGGGAUGUCAAGGCAGCUGGACUCACUAUGGGGAAGACAGGUUUUUUGUUGCUGCAUCUAAUCAAAGAGGCUUCAUCACUGCUGAAAGCUCCAACUUUUCUCUCAUUGUGGCCAAGUUUAAAAAGACAUUUGCU